CAUCAGUUGGAAUGCGCCGUUGAAUGCAUAAUGGAAACGCCUGUAACAAUCAUGUAAAAUUGCGUUAACAGCAAAUGGAUGGAAAUGGAGCGUAGCGAGGAGCGGCAAGGAGCAGUAGCACAUCAAAUUGGUAUUAGAGGUUAACAAGCAUCGAGGAGGCGGCGGGCAACAGUUCGUGAACAAGUGAAACUUGGGUGUGUGGGCGUAACCAAGUUGAGCGUGGAAGAAUAAACGUUCGCUGCAGCCAAGCUGCCAGCUGCCAGCUGCCUGUGCAACAUAAAAGUCAAUUAAUGUACAAUUACAACAACAAUUACAACAAUCGCUGGUGAAUCAGUGAACGUGGCGACACGAAGCAGCAACUAGAAUCCACAAUCUUUCCCUGCUCUCUCUCACUCUCUCUCUCUCUCUGUCUCUCUCUGUCUCUGUCUCUCUGUGAAUCACCCAAGAGCGGAAGCGGCUGGCAACAAAAAUUUUUUGCAAAUUACACGCAACGUAAGCUGAGGAGGCGUUCUGCGUUCUGGGGUCUGAGCCUGAGAGUGGGUAAGGUUGAGCAACUUCUUGUGGAUGGUAGAGAAAUCAGCAACAACAGCAGCAGCAGCAGCAGCAUUAGGAGCAGCAGCAGCAGCAAUCCAACGUCCGGUGGCGGCCACAAAAUGACUUUCGUUAACAAGCUGAGCAAGAGCUUCCGCUGGUUGCGCUGCUCGACAUUGUGCGCCAUUUUGUUUUAUAUGUUUUUCAUUGGCCUCAUAUUGCACAGCACCAGCCACAAGCUGCAGCAACACCAGCAGCAACAACAACAGCAGCAGCAACAACAACAACAGCAGCAACAACAACAGCAGCACAGCUCCAUUGAGCUUACUCAGACACUAACUCUGGCCAAGUCGUUGCCCAAUGAGGGCCGUAAUAGUCGCGACCAGCAGCAGCAUCAGCAGCAGCAACAUCAGCCUGAGGAAUUGGAGCAACAACACAAACAACGGCAACAAAUGCAGCAACAGCAGCAAAAACAACACCAAGCGCCAAAGCAAAAGCUAACGACGAACAAUUUGGUAGUGGGUAAUGCCCAGACGAAGGAGCAGCAGCAGCAGCAGCAACGAAAACUGCAGCCGAUAGCUGCUAAUGCAGUGGGUGUCGAGAGAGAAAAAGGAGGAGGCGUCGGUGGCAGUAAGUCGUCGCAGCCACAGCCCGAAACAGUUAUAUUAACGGCCAGCAAUGUGAACGAGAAGCAAAUACUUGCCAAAGCUUUCAAACGAGCGGAUCGAAAUCAUGACGGCCGACUGUCCAUACAAGAGCUGGGCCAGUACAUAAACAAACGGAUUGUCGAGCAUAUCGAUAUUGCGAUUAUGAACAAUGCGAGAGAGUUUCGCCGGGUGGACAUCGCACCCGCUGAUGGACUAAUCACCUGGGAUGAGUAUCAUCGUUUCUUUCUGCGUGAACAUGGCAUGACAGAGGCGGAUAUUGAUGAGCACGACGAGAUCAGGCACACGACACUGAAUCGUAAGGCGCGCGAGGAUAUGAUGCGUGAUAAGGCCCGUUGGUCGGAGGCGGCGCGUACAGAUUUAUUUACACUGACGAUUGACGAAUAUUUGAGCUUCAGGCAUCCGGAAUCGAGUGUAUCCAAUUUGCUGGAGCUGGUUGAUGAUUUGUUGCGUCAGUUCGAUCAGGAUGGCGAUGAUCAGCUGACCCUGGAGGAGUUCUCCGAUCUAAAUGUCGAUGAUGAUGAGGAUUUGCUGCGCAAGUCGCUAAUCUCAAAGACACUGGUGGAGCGUCGCGAGGAGUUUAAGCGUAUCAUCGAUAAGAAUCACGAUGGCAAGGCCGAUCGUGGUGAACUCCUUAACUAUGUGAAUCCGAAGACGCCGCGCUAUGCACUCCAGGAGGCGGCCACGCUGUUCAGCUUGUGUGAUGAGAACAAAGACGAACUGCUUACACUCAAGGAGAUGACUGACAAUGCUGAAAUAUUUCUGCAAUCAAAGAUGAUCGAUACAGCUAAUAGUUUUCAUACUGAAUUCUAAUUAAACUUUUUUUGCGCUUUCACUUUCACUUUUUGCCGUCCCCCAGCUCACUCUCACACGAUCCCAGCUCACGGUGUCCGUCUAAAGGAAGAUGAAAAAUAAAAACAACAACAUUAAAAAAAAACUAUAUAAUCUUUGUGCAUUUAUAGUGAUAUUAAUUUGUAAGUUGUUGCACGUAAUGUUUAAUAAUCGAAUAAAUAUGAUAUAAUACACACAGUAGUACACAAUCUUAACAUACAUAAUAAUAAUAAGAAUAAUUUUGUUAGAACUUUGUAAUACGUAAUCAUUAAGAGCAAGAGGCAAUUCAUUUGAUGUGUGAUUUGAAAUAACAAUUUUACUUAAGAAUGCAAAGCAAAUUGAAAACGAAUACUCUAAAAAAUAUAUACACAAAAUAUACGUAAUUUUAUGCAACCACAUAA